CCUCAAAGGAGAAAACAAAUACUCCGCUUUGUUAGUGCUCCUCCAAAAGAGUGCAGGAUGGUGAGUGAGUACACACAAGAUGGAACUGUGGAUCUUAAAGGAAAACCUGUUCUCAAAUCCAAAACAGGUGCCUGGAAAGCUUGCUCCUUAAUUGUUGUGUACGAGAUAUUUGAAAGAAUGGCUUAUUAUGGGAUUUCAUCAAAUUUGAUCUUGUAUCUGACGACAAAGCUUCACCAAGGCACUGUAACAUCUUCCAACAAUGUCACCAAUUGGGCUGGUAUCAUUUGGCUAACUCCCAUAUUAGGAGCUUAUGUUGCAGAUGCUCACCUUGGCCGCUAUUGGACUUUUGUCAUUGCCUCCUUUAUCUAUUUAUCGGGUAUGUGUCUGCUUACCCUAUCAGUUUCCCUUCCAAGCCUAAAGCCACCUGAGUGCUAUGAAAAGGAUGUGACAAGAUGCAAAGAAGCCUCCACAUUACAGCUAGCUGUGUUCUAUGGCGCACUCUACAUUUUAGCAGUGGGAACUGGUGGAACCAAACCCAACAUUUCCACUAUUGGUGCUGACCAGUUUGAUGAUUUUGACCCCAAAGAGAAGGCACAAAAGUUGUCAUUCUUCAACUGGUGGUUCUCCAGCAUCACCAUAGGGACCCUCUUUGCAAUUUGUGCUCUAGUCUACAUACAAGAUAAUGUGGGAUGGACUCUUGGUUAUGGUCUUCCAACUAUUGGUCUUGCAAUUGCAAUUAUCAUAUUUCUUGCAGGCACACCCUUCUAUAGACACAAAAUUCUCUCAGGGAGUCCCUUCACUAAAAUGGCUAAGGUCAUAGUAGCAUCUGUAAGGAAAUGGAAAGUGCCUCUUCCUAGAGACUCUAAAGAGCUAUAUGAGCUUGAUUUGGAAGAGUAUGCAAAGGAAGGGACAUUUAGAAUUAAACCCACUCCAACAUUAAGGUUCCUCAACAAGGCUUGUGUAAUAACUGGUUCAAGUACUAGUAGUAGUAAAUGGAUCCUAUGCUCAGUUACACAGGUAGAGGAGACUAAGCAAAUGCUAAGGAUGAUCCCCAUCUUGGUUGCUACAUUCCUUCCUAGUACAAUUUUUGCUCAGAUAAAUACCCUCUUUGUAAAGCAAGGAACUACACUUGAUAGAGGCAUUGGCAAAUUCAAUGUCCCCCCAGCAAGUUUAAUUGCAUUUGCAUGUCUGUCAUUUCUUAUCACUGUUGUUCUCUACGACCGUUUCUUUGUCAAGAUUAUGCAAAGAUUGACUAAGAACCCUAGAGGGAUUACUCUGCUUCAAAGGAUGGGCACAGGAAUCAUAAUCCACAUAGUGAAUAUAAUAGUUGCUGCUUUGAUUGAAAGAUAUAGACUUAGUGUGGCAAAACAGCAUGGGCUAGUUGAAAAUGGAGGACAGGUUCCAUUGAGCAUAUUCAUCUUGGCUCCUCAGUUUACACUUAUGGGAAUAGCUAAUGCUUUCUUAGAGGUUGCAACAAUUGAGUUCUUCUAUGACCAGGCCCCAGAAAGCAUGAAGAGCCUGGGCACUUCCUAUUCAUUGACUUCAUCAGGCAUUGGAUAUUUCCUCAGCACUGUUAUUCUCUCAACAGUUUCACAUGUCACCCAAAAACAUGGCCACAAAGGCUGGAUUUUGAACAACCUGAAUGCUUCUCAUCUUGAUUACUACUACAUGUUUUUGGCAAUACUGAAUAUCCUGAACUUCAUCUUUUUCAUGAUUGUCACAAAGUUCUAUGUGUAUAGGGCUGAAGUUUCAGAUUCCCUGAAGGUGCUUGAAGCUGAACUGGAGGAGAAAAUGACCUCUGUGCCAAAACAGGCGAGUCCAAGUGAUUAGUUGAUUGGAAAUCAGAAACUGGAAAGAGGAUGAGAAAUAUGUACCUAAUAUUUGUACCUGCUUACACAACUACUCAUAUAUUAUGAUUUAUUUUAAA